GCACGUUAUAGCCUGCCAGACGAGACGUGAUUCAGUUAACCGUGAGCAAACACAAGUCACACGCCGUCAGAGCUGGACAGCGUUAACAUUCGAAACCUGACGGGACUCACUGGAAGGCAUCACCUCACAGGAAGGAUCAAAAUGAAACCCAUCAACGCCUCAGACCCUGAGGACGACAGCGUUGUGAGCAAUGACACCGCCACGAGCUUGGGCGCCCUCAUCCUCAGCCUGGUCUUCCUCCUGGGCGUCCCGGGCAACUUCUUCAUCGUCUGGAGCAUCCUGGUGCGCGUCCGGCGACGCUCGGUCACCACCCUCCUCAUCCUCAACCUGGCCUUCGCCGAUGGAUUCCUCAUGGCCCUCACCAUCUUCUUCAUCAUCUACCUGGCCAAGCAGACGUGGGUCUUCGGCGACGUCAUGUGCAAGGGCCUGUUCUACCUGUGCAACGCCAACAUGUACGCCUCCAUCUUCCUCAUCACGCUGAUGAGCGUGCACAGGCUGGUGGCCGUGCUGUUCCCACGGAAACUGCCCCAACUGUUCACCGAGAAGAUCGUGAGGAGGGUGGUCCUCUGCAUGUGGGCGAUGGUGAUGGUGUUCGCCAUCCCCUCGCUGGUGUUUCGAGAUGUGAGAGACGACCUAGACGAGCACGGCAAAGUCAGGAUGGUGUGCGCGCCCAAUCACACGCUGCCUCGAUAUGUGAGGUUUCAGUACGCGUUCGAGACGGUGUCGGGAUUCAUUCUCCCCUACGCGGUCAUCAUAACCAGCUACGUCCUCAUCCUGAGACGCCUGAGACAGACCAAGUUCAGACGGGCGGUCCGCAGCGAGAAGCUCAUCCUGGCCAUCGUGGUGAUGUUCGGCCUGUUCUGGCUGCCGUACCACGUCAUCAACAUGGUGCAGGUGGCGGCUGAGUGGUACGAGGAGGGUUCAAAACAAAGAGAAAUAUUGGACACAAUCACCCAGUCAAGCCGUGCCGUGACCUCAGCUCUGGCCUUCAUCAGCAGCUGCGCCAACCCCGUGCUCUACACCUUCGCCGGGAAAUCCUACAUGAGGAAGAACGGCUUCGGCUUCAUGGCGAAGCUCUUCGAGGGCACCUCGUCGGAACAGAGCGCGGCCAAAGCCAGCCGGGUGUUGGCCACGGACAGAACGGUUUUCAGUAACGGCGACACCCUAAACGACAGCGUCGCUUACACUGCACAAAACGGAAGCGUGGACGAAACUUAACUCUGGCGUGGAAUCGGAGUCUGAAAUCAAAAAUGUGUGCAGCUGUGGAGUGGGGCUGUUGCAGAGGCUUGGUUUUUGUGAAAGAUUAGUCUGAGUGGAGAUCAGGGAUCAAAUUUAAUUAUCUCUACGUGCGUCUGUACAGUACAUGAGGUCUGUAAAUACUCUCUACAUUUUUACAAACAGUAAAUAAUAAUGUUAUUAAUAACUGCAACACACAGCCCUGUAUUUAUUGCUUACAAUUGCAUUGUCAGAAAAUCAGCAACAUUUAUGAACACACAUCAUUUAAAGAAACUCCUCCAAUCUCCUAACAAAUACAUCGUGGUAUUAAGUCAGAUCCACUCUUGAAAUACUUGAUUACAUCUUAUUUUCUCCUCUGAAAUGUUUGGAGCUGGACUCUGACAACACAGUCUAUGAAAAUCUGACAUGAAAUGUUGAGAUACAAAGUUUAAUUUCUAUAUAUUUUUGUAAUUUUUUUUUUUUUGUCAGAGUUGCUAUUUUUUUACAAAAAAAGAAAGAUUACUGUGUGUGAGAAUGAAAGUUCUUUGUUUUUUUUGCAAGGUGCCGAUCUCAGCUUGCGUCCUGACUUGAGAUGAGUUUUACACUGUAUGCAUGUCGCUUUUAAAGAGCUGUACUUUUGUUUUGUGAUUUAAAUUUUCAGUAUUUUAUGGCUCAGUAAAUCUGAAAACGAUGCUUGAGUUCAGACGUUUUUCUAAUAUGACACUACAAACUGUUUUUGUAGGACCAGUAUUUACUUGGAUCUGUUGGUGGAAAUGGGAGUAUUCACAGCUCUCCACCAAAGACAGGCUUUUAUGUUUUUAUGUUUUCAUGUUUUUAUGUUGAACUUAUGGAUUCCUAGCCUCUCCUAGGCUACAUUCAUUUACAUUUCCAUGGACUCCUGUGUUCAACUAAUGGUCAUAAUAAUAAUAGGCCGAUCAGGAAAACCCUCGAUUGGUUCAAUCUGUAAGUAUUAACGAAUAAUAACCAUGUAAAUAUGUGUUAGUAUUGUUUACAGUCUGCUUAGAAUAAACACUAUUUAAAGACA